GAAAGAAGGCUUCCUAACCCAUUGUUAGUGUGGACAGACCACCUUUUCCUCUCUUCAGAUCCUACUGAUUUGUUUGCAGAGAUGGGCUCCAAGGCUAAAAGGGGGACCCUUGUUGGUUCUGUGAGCACAGGAAGACGCAGCCCUGGGAAGGAUGAGCUUGGGGUGACAAAGCCUUGGGUUGCGAGGGCCCCGCAAAAGUGCAACUUCCUGGGCUACAGACUUUGACCUUGACCAAAUCACUUUCCCUCCUGCUUCCUUGUUUUUGUCUUUAUGAAAACAGUCAUUCUCACCUGUCUCAUAAGGUAGUUAGAAGGAUCUAAUAUGAAAGUGUUCUGAGAAAUGUGAAAGGGGCAAAGUAUUUAGAUGAAAUGUAUCAUAGUCUACAUUUAUUCAACUGCAGAGCAUCUGUGUCAGGACUCCCACUACCAAGCAUUAGAGAAAAGUAAAGACUAAGAAAUAUACCUCUUAAUGAACGAAAAAGCUGGAGAAUAUUUUUAGGAUAAUGGUAGGAUGGGGCCUUCAGAGAAAGGACCUGAGGAUUUAGGAAUGGAAGUGGCCGAAAGCAGGCUGUGGUCAGGUUACUGAAAGGUGAGCAGGACUGAGUCGUAGAGGCACAAUAACAACAUAUGGAGGCCUCAACCUGGCAGGGCGCCCAUCUUUCCUUCCACUGUGGGUGUCAGCAAGGUGAGGGCUGAAGCUGCUCAAGUACUCCAUGGGGAAGGAAGCUGUGGGAUGAUGGGGAGGGUCCCCCCACAGGCUGGAGCCUCAUCAGCCUUCUCCUGCACCGGAAACCACAGGAAACGAGGUCAGUGCGUGGGGACACUCCCUCUGCUCCAGCACUCGCUGUGGCUUGGUCUUCCUGACCUUGCUGUCUGAUUAGUAGGUCCUUGAAGCUAUGAACCCCUUUGGCAUGGAGCCUUUUGCCCCCAAGAGCUGGAUCAGGCUUUGUGUACAGAGAGAAAGCUGGGUUAUAGUCCUGAAAUCAGCCAGGUGGGGGAGCAAGGGUACUUUUAGGGUCAUGAGAGGUUUAUUUGCACCCUGUGGUGCAUUUUUCUUUGGGCACAACAUUAAAUGAUGUGUCAGUCACCUCUGCAUCUUCAGCACCCAGGGCAAUGCAGUGCUUACUAGCUCUGUUAACUCUUUAAGUGAGGGGAUGAAGCAGUGUCUUUAGAGGAAACUCAAAUUUCAGAGCAUGUUAAUGGGCGGGUCAGAUCUGCAGGGUGUUUUGGUUAAAAAAUGGGUACACCACCCCCCAAACUGGUGCCAGGCCCUUUCCUGUUACUUCUGUGCCGUACCAAGCCCCCUCGUCUUUCAGGUGGGAGCAGUAGGGUUUUCUAGGGAACAAGGUGCAUCUAUCCAUCUGUGGUUGGCCCCUCCAUUCCUUAGUUUGUCUGCUUGGAGAAGGAAUGUGGCCAGGCCUGCUGGUUAGGGUUGAGGAGGAGCUUUGGGGUAGGGCGGGGCCGGGGCGGGAUAAAGCCAGGGCUUCUGUCUGGCACUGUGCUCCCAGCAGCUGCACGGCAAGGCCUGUUGCUCACUUUCAGACCACAAAGCCAUGCUCUGGGUGCCCUGAUCCCACAGAAGCCCAUGGGGAGCCCCAGACUGGCAGCCUUACUCCUGGCUGUCCUCCUGCUGCCCACUGGCCUCUCUCCCUCUGCUGAUAUUGGCUGUGGCUAUCUGCCUCACAGGAUCACCCGCUGUCUACUGGCCUCUCACAAGGAUGAGAGGUUUGCUGGCCAUCAGUGGGGCUGGUUCCACCUCCUGGUGCUGAGAUCCAAAAAGUCUUACAAGUUCAAGUUCUGCCAGGGACACAGGAUGCCAGCAUCUCCUCAGAGGAAGCUGCUAAGCAGCAGUGUUCUGUCUGAGAAGGGGCUCCCAAUUUCCAUCUCCCAUAAGAGGCUACGCUACAGAAGGACCCAGCCUUCAGAUCCAGGGGCAGUGGGCUCACCGAGGCGUGGAGGACCUGAGUUCACCUUUGAGUUGCUGCCUGAGGCCCGGGCUAUUCGGGUGACCAUUCCUCCAGGCCCAGAGGUCAGUGUACGUCUCUGUCAUCAAUGGGCACUCGAGUGUGAAGAGCUGAGCAGUCCCUUUGAUGCCCAGAAAACUGUGGCUGGGGGUUGCACUUCAGACCUGCCUUAUGAAUUCCUUCUGCCCUGUCUAUGCAUAGAGGCAGCCUACCUGCAAGAGGACACUGUGAGGCACAAAAAAUGUCCCUUCCAGAGCUGGUCUGAAGCCUAUGCCUCUGACCUCUGGAAGUCAGUGCACUUCACUGACCACAGCCAGCACAAUCAGAUGGUCAUGGCCCUGACACUCCACUGCCCACUGAAGCUAGAGGCCUCCCUCUGCCAGAGGCAGGACCAACACAGCCCCUGUGAAGACCUCCCCAAUGCUACAGUUCGAGAGUCAGAAGGAUGGUAUGUUUGGGAGAAGGUGGACUUGCAUCCCCAGCUCUGCUUUAAGUUCUACUUUGAAAACAGCAGUCAUGUUGAAUGCCCCCAUCAAAGUGGGUCUCUCAUGUCCUGGAAUGUGAGCACAGUCACCCAGUCUCAGCAGCUGAUCCUGCACUUCUCCUCGAGGACACAUGCCACCUUCAGUGCUGCCUGGAGUUACCCGGGCUUGGGGCUGGACACCACCGUGUCCCCGGUGUACAGCAUCAGCCAGACCAAGGACCCAGGCCCAGUGACAGUGGACCUCAUCAUCCCCUUCCUGAGGCCAGGGGGCUGUGUCCUGGUGUGGAGAUCCGACGUCCAGUUUGCCAGGAAGCGCCUCUUGUGUCUGGAGGCCCCUCGAAGACGCCUAGGGCUCUUGACCCUGGCGCUGCUGGGCCUCUCCACCCUCCUGAUUGUUGUUCUGGUCCUCCCCUGUCGGCAGCUGCUGCCAGGCCCUAACCGCGCGCGGCCAGUGCUGCUCCUCCAUGCCGCGGACUCGGAGGCUCAGCGGCGCCUGGUGGGAGCGCUGGCCGAGCUGCUGCGGGCCGCGCUGGGCGGCGGGCGCGACGUGAUCGUGGACCUGUGGGAGGGCGCGCGCGUGGCGCGCGUGGGCCCGCUGCCCUGGCUCUGGGCGGCGCGGGCACGCGUGGCACGGGAACGUGGCACCGUGCUGCUGCUGUGGAGCGGCAUGGGCCGCAGCCAGGCCAGCGAGCCGGACCCCCUGCGCGCCCUGCUCUGCGCGGCUCCACGCCCGCUGCUGCUGGUUUACUUUAGCCGCCUCUGUGCCAAGGGCGACAUCCCCCGGCCCCUGCGCGCCCUGCCGCGCUACCGCCUGCUGCGAGACUGGCAGCGCCUGCUGCGAGCGCUGGGCGAGCGACCUUGCCCCGCGGCCACCCUCGGGGGCCGCCCCAGGGCCCGGCGCGGCCUACGGGGCCGCCUGGAGCUGUGCCGCCGCCUGGAGCUCGAGGCCCAGCUUGCCCGCCGAGGCCCCGCAGAGCCCCGCCGCGGUCCCUCAGGACUCUGGCCACCGCCGUAGAGGCAUUGGCUGGAGCCCCAGCUUGAGCCCUCUAAUCUGAGUCCUCAAGGCGCCCCUGAGGACUGCUGGGAAAAGCCUUCUUGUCGGCUUCCCAGCUCAGGAGGCCCACCAGGCCCUGCUGUACAGCUUCCUCAUACCUGAUGCCGCCGCGACCGGAGAGAGAUGUCCCUUGGUGCGGCGCACCUCCCCCCCCCCGCCCCGCCCCGUCCUCUCCCCAGAGCUCCUAAAGGACAGCAGUCGCCAUGGCUUUAGUCCCGCUGGAGGCUGGAGAGUCCUGGCAGGGUUGGGAAAGCAGCAGCCGGGUGAGAAACCCCCUUGGGGGCCAAGGUUCUGGUUUCCCAGACCCAGGCCCUGCCCACAUUGGAGAAAGAGGAAGGACUCGACUAGGGAAGAAGUUUUGGCGCAGGGUGGCCCAGACAAAGGGGAAUGGGGCAAAAGACAGAGAUCCAGAAAGACAAUAAAGGUGAUAAAUGGAGGAA